GGAAUCCAAUUAUAGAUGAGAUCAGAGUGGGUUUCUCCAUCGCCGGUUACUAUGGUUGUGAAUUGGCUCGCCGGGAAACGCAGCAAUCCGAUACAUGGUUUCGAAAGAGCGAUAGACCGGCUAAACAAGGGGCUUGAGCUCAUUGAACAAAAGGAGAAAUCUUGCCUUGAGAAGGCUUCCAUGGAAUUUGAGAUGGCAAAACAACAUUACGGGUCUAAUAACAAAAUUUGUGCUUUAAACUGUAUUAAAAGGAAGCAGAUAAUGGAGGAAUCAGCUCGACGUUAUGUGCCUCUUCGCCUGGCUUUACUUAAAGAAUUGAUGUUAACGGAAUUUAUGAAGAACGAGUUUAUUUCGGCUGAACGUCUGAAGAAGAAGAAGAAACUGAUUGAAGAGUUGCGUCUGGAGCCAACACUUGUGUUUAUUUGUUUUUGGUUUUUCCUUUUAAUGCUAGCAAUUAGCAUAUCAAAUAUAUGAUUUGGCUGAAGCCAAUAUUCUGGGUUUUUUUUUUGGUGACCUUUAGCUGCCUGCUGUGACAACAAAGAAGAUUUUGUAUAUUCCUCCUAUGUUGUUAUGAAAUAAAUUAUGAAUGGACACACCAGUAUGCUUAAGACAAGAGCUAUUUAUUA